AUGCCUGUACGCAGAGUACCAGUAGCUAUGAAAGAAAAAUUGAAACGAGAGCUAAAUCAACUUGAAAAAAGGGGAAUAAUUGCGAAAGUCGAUACACCAACAGACUGGGUUUCGAGUUUAGUAGUUGUCAAGAAAGCCAAUGGAAAACUUCGCAUCUGCAUAGAUCCUAAACCAUUGAAUAAAGCCUUAAAGAGAAGUCACUAUUUGUUACCUGUGGUGGAAGAUCUGCUACCAGAGCUAAGUAACGCAAAAGUUUUCAGCAAGUGUGAUGUCAAAAAUGCAUUUUGGCACGUGGUGCUCGAUGAGAAAUCUAGUUAUCUCACAACAUUUGAAACGCCAUUUGCGCGAUAUCGUUGGUUGAAAAUGCCAUUUGGAAUAUCUCCAGCGCCAGAAUACUUUCAGCAAUUUCUUGAACAAAACUUAACAGGUCUUUCGGGUAUUAAGGCGAUCGCUGAUGACAUUAUAAUUUAUGGCAAAGGUGAAACCUACGAAGAGGCUUUGCGCGAUCAUGACAACAACAUGCAGAAACUACUUGAAAGGUGUCAAGAACGAGGCAUUAAGCUAAACAGGGACAAAUUUCAGCUUCAUAAAACUGAAAUGCAAUUUGUAGGACAUUUACUCACGGACAAAGGAGUACAAGCAGAUCCGUCGAAAAUUGAAGCUAUUACGAAAAUGCCAAAGCCAACCGACAAAAAAGCUGUCCAACGGUUAUUGGGUCUUGUCAACUACCUAGCAAAAUUUCUCGAUAAGCUUAGCGAGAUGUGCGAACCGUUAAGACAACUUACGCGUAAAGAUGUUGUGUUCAAUUGGACACACGAACAUGACGAAGCGUUUGACACAAUCAAGCAGUCAGUGUGCAACGCGCCAGUAUUACGCUACUAUGAUUCUAAACUUGAAACAGUAAUACAGUGCGUCUCUUCUGAAAGUGGACUCGGUGCAACAUUACUGCAGGAGGGACAACCAGUUGCAUAUGCAAGUCGUGCACUCACACAAACAGAGCAAAACUAUGCGCAGAUCGAAAAAGAACUGCUAGCGGUGGUGUUUGCAUUUGAGAAAUUUCACCAUUUCACAUAUGGUCGGAGAGUUUUUGUAGAAAGUGACCACAAACCACUUGAAAUUAUAAGUAAGAAACCGCUUUUUCGGGCACCAAAGCGCCUCCAACGGAUGCUACUGAAAUUGCAGACUUAUGACUAUGAAAUUUGCUAUAAAAAGGGCAAACACAUGUAUAUUUCUGAUACGCUUUCAAGAGCCUACAUAGCUAAUGGAUGUGCUACGCACCUGGAAGACGUACUGUUAACAGACUAUGAGAAAGAGAUAGAAGCUACAUGUUCGUCAGAUUAUUUGGCAGUUUCGUCUGAAAGACAAACUAGAAUCAAGCAAGCUACGCUCGAAGACCAGACAUUGGUAAAGCUGAUUGAGUGUAUUAAGAAUGGAUGGAAUAAAGCGCCGAGAGAAGUAAAGCCGUAUUAUUCUGUCCGGGAUGAACUAUCGGUAGAUAACGGUAUUAUAUUUCGCGGUGAUAGAUGCAUCAUACCAAAAAGUAUGCGUAGAGAAAUUCUAGAUCAACUUCAUUCGCAUAUUGGAAUUGAAGGUUGUUUAAAACGCGCUCGUAGCUGUGUGUAUUGGCCAAAUAUAACAUCUCAAAUUAAAGACUUCAUAAGCAAAUGUGACACGUGUCAAUCAUUAGAAAGAAAACAGAGUAAAGAACCGUUAAUCAGUCACAGUAUUCCUGACAGACCUUGGGCAAAAGUCGGAACUGACGUGUUUACGUUUGAUGGCAAUGACUAUUUGGUAACUGUAGAUUAUUUCAGUAAUUUCUUUGAAAUAGAUCGACUGUAUGAAACAACGUCGAAGGAAAUAGUCGCCAAGCUGAAACAGCAUUUUGCAAUGCAUGGAAUUCCUGAACGUGUGAUCUCAGAUAACGCAAGUGUUUACAAAUCAGAAAAGUUUAAAUCAUUUUCAAGGAAAUGGGAUUUUACGCAUGUGACUUCAUCUGCAAGGUAUCCACAAUCAAACGGAAAAGCUGAAAAUGCAGUUAAGACUGCAAAACGUAUUAUGAAAAAAGCAAAACAUUCGCAUACAGACCCGAUGCUAGCACUUUUAAAUUUUAGGAAUACACCUCAACAGGCUACAAGUUAUAGUCCAGCUCAGCAGCUGAUGAACAGAAAAACACGAACAUUACUACCGGAGAGAUCAAAUCAGUUUCAGCCUAGCAUACCGUCAAAUGUUAAGGCUAAACUUCAGAAAAGCAAAGACAGACAAGCCUACUAUUAUAACAGGACUGCGAAGCCAUUAGACUGUUUGCGAGCUGGUGAUACGGUGAGAAUACAGCCGAAUGAAAGAAAUAAAACUUGGGAAAAGGGAACUGUUGUCGAAAAACCACAAACGCGGUCUUACAACGUUCUGAGAGAAAAUGGCACGGUAGUGAACCGAAAUAGAAAACAUCUCCGACGGACGAGUGAACUUUUCAAUGAACAAAGGGAGGAGACUGUAGAGAUAGAUCCGAAAAUAAACGACCAAGAGUUGUUGCCCCAGACAGAUUCUCGAACUGAAACGGAAUUGAAACCGCAAACAAUCGGUCAGUCAGUGAAUUCAGAAACACCUGCAACACCGGUAACGCAGACAAGAUCUGGUCGUAUUGUACGAAUGCCAUUGAAGUAUAAGGACUAUCAUUUAACUGAUAAACGAUGA